AUGGCCGACUUAGAAGAAGCGAUACAGGUGUCUCGUCGAGCAGUACAAGCCACUCCCAAAGACGACCCCCAACUUAUAGGGUGGUUAAACAAUCUCGGAAACGAUCUCGAACGUCGAUAUGAGCGAAUAGGACAGGUGAACGAUCUUGAAGAGGCCAUUCAAAUGUCUCGCCAGGCCAUUCAGGUCGCGCCUAACAACCACCCCGAGAUGAAAUGGCUAUUGAAUAGCCUGGGGGAUAAGCUCAGACGCCUAUAUGAACAGAGAGGACAGGCAGAAGACCUUGGAGAGGCAAUCCAGGUCUAUCAGCAGGCGACCAAUACCCCCUCUGGCAACUACCUUAAUCUCAAAUGGCUCUUAAGUGGGCUUAAAAGCAUGCUUGAAAUUCGAUAUGAUCAGACAGGACAGAUAGAAGACCUUGAAGAGGCGAUUCGAGUGUCUCGUCAGGUGAUUCAGGCCACGCCUACCGAUCACCCCGGGACAGAAUGGCUAUUAUAUAGCCUUGGGAAUAAGCUCGAACACCGAUAUGAACAAAGAGGACAGGCAGAAGACCUUGAAGAAGCGAUUCAGCUAUCUCGCCAAGUGAUUCAAACCACUUAUGAUCAUCCUCGGCUUCCAGAGCUCUUACAUAACCUCGGGACUAAGCUCACUAGUCGAUAUGAACGAGCAGGACGGAUGGAUGACAUUGAGGAGGCCAUUCAGGUGUCUCGCCAGGCUGUGAGCGCCACACUUCAUAGAGACCUUAUUCUGGCGAAAUUCUUGAACAGCCUUAGUCACCAGCUCGGAUGUCGAUACAAACGGGUAGGACGGUUAGAAGACCUAGAAGAGGCGAUUCUACUCUACCGUCAGGCAAUUGAGAUCACCAAGACCACAACCAAUGACUAUCAAAAUCUUGCGGUGUUAUUCAAUGGCCUUGGAAACAGCCUAGAAAGUCGCUAUAUACAAAAGGGACAGCUAGACGACCUUGAAGAGGCGAUUCUACUGUCUCGUCAGGCUGUCGAGAUUAUCUCUGAAGACCAUGUCAACCUUGUGAUAAUCUUAAAUGGCCUUGGAAACCAGCUUGGACUUCGUUACGAUCGAACAGCUCAGGUGGAUGACCUUGAAGAGGCUAUCCAGUUAUAUCGCAGGGCGAUCCGCAUGUUUCGCAAGACCGCUAUUCAUGGUCAUCUCACUCUUGCAGGGCUAUUAAAUAAUCUUGGAAGCAGACUAGAAUCUCGAUUCAAACAAAGAGGACAGAUAGAGGACCUUGAAGAGGCUAUCCAGUUAUCUAGACAGGCAGUUCAAGCAACUCCUGAUGACCACCCUGACCAUGGCCGGUGGUUGAAUAACCUUGCAAAUAUACUUGAAAAGCGAUUCGAGGAAACAUCACAGAAAGAGAACCUCAAAGAGGCGAUCCAUCUAUCUCGCAAGGCAGUCCAGAGCACCCCUGAAAAUCAUCCUCAACGUGCGACGCUGUUAUAUAACCUCGGGCUCAAGCUUGCAAAUCGAUAUAACCAGACAGGGCAGAUAGAAAAUCUCGAGGAGGCAAUCCAAGUAUCAUACCAAGCGUUUGAGGCUGCACCGUCGCCCCCGUUAGAACGCAUCACCGCUGCAACUUUAGCUCUUCAACUUCUAAUUAAGCAAGGGGAUUACUCUACCGGCUAUACACUAACUGUGGAAGCUAUCGAACUGCUAAAGCUCGCCCACCACAGCAUUUUGUCUUUUCAGGAUCGACAAUAUAUUGCCUCUCAUUUUUCUGGCAUCGCAACACAAGCUUGCUCUCUUGCUCUUCAAAUUGGGCAGCCUCUUUCUGAAGCCCUGCGAUUGUUAGAAAGUGGACGUGGUGUUGUUCUAAGCCUUCUUAUGAAUGACCGGAGCGACACGGCUAAGCUUAAAGAUGUCCAUCCCGCAUUAUGUGCACAAUACGAAAGUCUCCAACUUGAGGUAAAUACUCCUCUUGAGAGCCCCACAACCAAGCAGACGCAUGAACCUAUCUCCACAAGACGACCAAAAGCUAUCGAGGAGCUCCAAAAAUGCAUACAGGAGAUACGACACCUUCCAGGGUACAUCUCCUUUCAACAAGGCCCCACUGCGGAGCAAAUUCAAAAUGCCGCUGAUGAGGAUAACAUAGUCAUGGUAAAUGUUACCGAGUUACGAAGUGAUGCUAUCAUUAUCUGUUCCUCUGGAAUUUCAUUAGUUCCUCUUCCUACAUUCAGCACAGUCCAAGCACAAGGAUGGAUCAAUCAGAACCUAACGAUAGCUUCUUCACGGAGGGAAACAGCGCUCAAGAACAAAGCAUACUGCGGCUUUUUGUCCUGGCUCUGGCAUCAUUGCGUAAAGCCUGUCUUGAGUGAGAUCAGCCAAUUUUCUCACCCAUCCCCAGAAAAUCUCCCAAGGGUCUGGUGGAUUGGAACCGGACUUGCCAGCUCUUUCCCCUUUCAUGCUGCAUGUGAAACCUGCAAUGAACCGACGACUGAAAGAACGUUUAAUCGCGUUCUAUCUUCUUACACACUUUCAAUAAAAGCACUACUACAUGCUAGAGAACAGAUUUCUAUCUCUAUCCCAUCAAGAAAAGACACUUCAAAGCUACUUAUGGUUACCAUGGCCACCACACCAGGUGCCAAUAACCUACCUGGGGUAAAGGCCGAAAAGUUCGCUGUUCUAGAAGCACUGAGUGAUUCUAUUCAACUAGAUGUUCUCGACCAACCAGACUCCGCAAGCGUGAUACGCCGGAUUCGGGGGUGUAACAUUGCCCAUUUUGCCUGCCACGGAAUCUCAGACCCAAUUGAUCCCUCUCAGAGUGGCCUUAUACUGCAGACUGCCACUGCAAAUCCAAUGCAGGAUGUACUUAGUGUUCUGAGACUCUGCGAAAAUCAUUCUACAUGUGGAGAGAUUGCAUAUCUCUCUGCGUGUUCAACAGCAGAGAGCAAGGCAGAACGUUUAAUGGAUGAGGCCCUGCAUGUUGUGAGUGGUUUCCAGGUUGCCGGUUUCAGACACGUCAUUGGGACUUUAUGGCCAUCUGAUGACAAUGUGUGUGUUGAGGUUGCGAGGUCGUUUUAUACUGAGCUUUAUCGAAAUGGUGCUCUGGAGUACACUGACAGAACUGUCGCGAUGGCACUCCAUAAAGCAGUCUUGGCCGUUUCGACGAGUGUUGACUACCGAAAACGGCCGUUAUACUGGGCACAGUACGUCCAUUAUGGUGCUUGA